CACUCAAUUAAUUCCGCAACCUUGAUCCCGCAGCAUCACAGAAGGAUCCCGCAUUUGCGGGAUUGGAUUCACUAAUGGGGAUUCGAAAACGAAUAUGGGGUAACUGAGAUAAACCUAUAGAAACAUUUCGAAUUAAAUUUUUUGAACUACAAGGACCUCUCGAAUUUCAUCAUUUCAUCAGAAUUAUAAUGCCUUUAUAACGGACUCCGUCAUUAAUUUUGUCUAUUGUUUAUUAGUCCAAAAUCGCAGCCCCUUAUAGAACACCCUGCCGAGCAGACCCUUAUCCGUAACCAUUCCAGGAUCGUCCUAUGAAUUUAUCUAUCUACACUAACAAGCGGGAUGUAAGUAUGUUUUCAAUCCUUUUCGCCUCGCAAUUCUUGAAACAUGUACAUAAAAAAUUAGUAAAAAGUAACUGCUCCUACUUCCCCUUCCCCAUCCCCGUCUUCUAAAGUGUCAUUAUGUUCGACAACCAUCUCCAUUCCGUCUUCAAAUUCUGCGCGUUUUUCCAUGUCGUCUUCUAGCAGGGGAACACGUGCUUCAUUCCACGGUCUCCAUAUUUUAAAGUGUAACAGUAAACACAGGAACCUUCAAAAAAUCUUUAAUUGUCAGAUUCUAAUAAAUAAAUUCUGUAUUCUUAUAACGUACGUUUACCUACCGCGGAUAUAAUCUGUUGUCUGUAGUCUUAAACAAGACUGUUGUUGUUUACAAAUCGAAGAAGAAUAUUCGUUACGGUCCAUCUCAGGCAAGCCCUACUUAAUGCAGACCUACUUAAAACGUAUUUUUGGUUGUAGAGGUUUUUUCAAAACUGAAAAAAUGUAAUGUAGCGUCCAUGUAAAAAUUCAUGGUCAUGAUACGAACGAAUAAAUAAAACGAAACGCCAUAUGAGAUUUUUGACUUCAACAAAAAUUACAAAUAAUAAAAAUGUAUUUCUAGAUUUUUUUAUAAAUUAGCUUAUUAAGGAGAAAAGAUUGAAACCAAAAAUUUCAGAAAGUGAAACCAAUUAUUUUAAUUUCAUUACGGAAUAUUAUCGACGUCAUUGAUACGGAACUUGGCCCUAAAUUGAGGUACCCUGUACUUCGUACCUAUUCUAAACUUGACCUGGAAGAGAAACCCGGCUAAAAAGUCAAGAGUCUGGUGACUUUAAUUUUGCAUAGUCGAAUAUCUGCUGAGUUGGCGUUUGUUUGACAACGGUGAAAGCAUAGAACUUGUUCAGAAAUGGGAGUUUAACAAAUCAGAAACAACUGUUUUAACCAAGUUUUCCACAUGACUGAAAACAAAAUGUGAAUGAUUGUGAAUUGCGGUAUGUAAAGAAUAGAAAUUUUGUUUCAGAUGGAAAAUAUAUAUUAUGGCAAGUGAAACUGUGAGUUGUUGUCCAAAUAACUUUUUAUACAUUUUGCUUUGGAUUGAUUAGAAUACAUUUACAGAUUACAGUUAGGAGAGCUCACUGCGGCGCAGAAGGUUUAUUGUGACUCCUUUCACGGAUCCACAGCAUUAUGUAGUGUCGUCUCUGAUUUGGUUACGCGCAGGGUGGAAGCGUACUAUUGAUAAGCCUUCACCGUUUCCAGUUUAAUGUUUUUGAUACUUCUUCCGAUACCCUCUUUAGCCUACAGUCAACUAUUACCAAGUAUCUGGUUUUGUCUCUGCAUUUCUGAGAAUUUUGAAAGCGUGAAAAUGUUAGUUAAUGUUAAUUGCUCUAACUGUUGCUUCAUUUUGCUUAUGUCAAGCUGAGGGCUGAAGCUGUUGUCAUUUGUGAAAUGUAAAGUUGAGACGAAGUGUGAAAUUAUGAGCUUCGUCGGACACGAGGUCCAACAAGGCGAUACGAAAUUUCGCAUGAAUGGUACGCAACCAACAAUUAUAGCGUCGUGUCGAUCUGGAAAGGACGUCGACGCGCCGAGGCGCUGUUAGCGGCGAUCCGUUGGCCGGGUCUGGAUAUGCCAGCGUCAACUGUGACCCAGUAUCGCGACGACCUGCGUUUGCGGAAGCAGCGUCGAACUGCGCGGUAUGCGAAGAUGACAAGUUUCCCUUUUUCGCGAAGGUCAUCACCAUCAACGAUUCAAGGGACGAUUGGUCGUUGCCUAGUUCGUUAAAUUUCGCGUAAAAUGCAACAACAACAGCAAGCCGACGAUGGCUUCAACGCAGGGAGUUUGGCAGCUACGGGAGCCACGGGCACCGCAUCUAAUAAAAGCCAAGUAAAUGGCGGUCGUUUUGAUUUCGAUGAUGGCGGAACAUACUGCGGCGGAUGGGAGGAGGGAAAAGCCCAUGGACACGGUGUGUGCACGGGUCCGAAAGGCCAAGGCGCGUACAGCGGUUCUUGGCAUUACGGUUUCGAGGUGUCGGGGGUCUACACUUGGCCUAGCGGGAGUUGCUUCGAGGGCCAGUGGCAAAACGGCAAAAGACACGGUCUGGGUGUAGAAACUAGAGGUAGAUGGAUUUACAGAGGCGAAUGGACGCAAGGUUUUAAAGGACGUUAUGGCGUUCGACAGUCCAAUAUAUCAUUAGCAAAAUAUGAAGGAACGUGGGCCAACGGUUUACAAGAUGGUUACGGAUCUGAAACGUAUGCGGAUGAAGGAACAUAUCAGGGCCAAUGGAUGAGAGGCAUGCGUCACGGGUAUGGCGUCCGUACGAGUGCCCCAUUCGGUAAGGCCUCUAAAUACCGCCUAAACAAAAACUUACGUUCCUCACUCACAUCACUUCGCAGCAAUGAGGCAACGGCAAACGAAAGUGAGACUACCGACAAGAGGGACAAUAGAGUCGACGACUCUAGGGGCGGUUUUGUUUUACAAAGCAAAAGCUCUGAGCAUAUGCUAAAUAGCAGACGCAGGUCGUUGGACCUGAAGAAAAACAUAUUCAAAGGGAUUCUUAAAAAGGGAGCAAGUACAGGAGAACUCGACAAAAGAACUAGUUCUGGCAGUUUAAAAAGCACUGCUUCUUCCGCUUCGUACAUUAGCACAGAUUCGGCAGGAUCGGCUAUGACAAACAACUCAAUGCCUUCGGAUUCGAAUGCUAGCUUCGUCAUAGAUGAUGAGCAAUUAGAUCCCAACGUAACUGAAACCUAUAUGGGAGAAUGGAAAAACGAUAAAAGAUCGGGAUACGGUAUAAGCGAAAGAUCGGAUGGCUUAAAAUACGAAGGAGAAUGGUAUGCAAACAAAAAGUACGGAUACGGUGUAACCACCUUUAGUAACGCGGAAAAGGAGGAAGGAAAAUAUAAGAACAACGUUUUGAUCACGAGUCAGAAAAAGAAACUUUUUUUGAUGAGGAGCACAAAAUUUAGGGAAAGGAUUGAUGCAGCCGUUAACGCGGCUCAACGAGCCUCGAAAAUAGCGCUUCAGAAAGCAGAUAUCGCAAUUUCAAGAACAGCGACCGCUAGGGGUAAAGCGGAACAGGCAGACCUAGCGGCCGCGCAAGCGCGUGACGAUUCAGAAGUCGCAGAAUCGGUGGCAAAGAAAUACGCCCCUGAUUUCAAGCAAACUAUAACGAGCUUGAGGAUGAGACAAAAAUUCCGAGAACGAAUGAGCAAAAAUCUGGAAUCCACGACGAAUGAUAAACUGCCCAAUACGAAUUUAGGCUUACAGCCCGGUAACAAGAUGUCGAAUCAAAUUCCGAACCAAAUCAACAUCCAGCAUCGAGACCAAAUAGGCAAUCACGUACCCCACAUGCUUAAUAAUCUUAAAGCGAACGACGCGUCCAACGAUAUGCAAGUUAAUAAUAACAUGUAUGCGGAUAAACCCAUUCAAAACGCAACCCCCAUGCAGCCCGUUGGUAAACAACAGCAGCACAACCCUUUUCAGCAACACCAACCUUAUCAAGAUAACAAGGCGCUUCAGCAGAAUCACUCGAACACGAGCAACCCUUCGUUCAAUCACGUUGGUUUGCCGACUAACGAACACAACCCUAAUGAGAUUAAAUCACACCUUCCUCGUAACAACGUACAAACAAUGACUGACAGGGAACACAAUCCGGUAGGAGGGAGUAAUCCGAGGAACUCAAUUACAGCCGAACAAUCCUUACACAGAAACUCAUUAGCAGGCCUUUCGCGAAGACAAAGCGGAGAACGACCAUAUCUGGCCAAUAUCGGUCAUCAGAUGUCCAUUGACCAUUUCGAUCAUUAUAAGAGGCCCCCUAGCCGAGAUUCCAGCGUAGACAGAUAUACGCGGGCUACCGGUAAACUGAGCAAUUCGAUAAGUUCUCGACAACCGUCCGUGGAUCGCACUUCUACGAGCAGACUAGAAACUCCAGAGAAAAACGAUCCAGCUUAUAGAUUAAAAUCGGCUUCACCUGAACCUAUUAAUACUACAGAUGCGCAAAAUCAGAACAACAGAAACAACUGGCCACCAUUUGAAGACGUUAUUAUUCGCAAACGAGGACUCGGUCAGGACAUUGUUCCAUCGUUGAACAAUCCCAAACGAACCGAGAGCCUGCAUAUUCCAAAUCAACCAAAACCUCCGCCGAUUAAGACGAUUGUAAAUCAGCAGUCCUUGCAACGCAAAAAGUCUCUACCUGACGUACAGGAACUGCCCAGGGCGACCACACAAAUUCCGAGGGAAGAGGUAGCUGCACUUGGAUCGGCGCGUCGUGAAGAAAUUAGGAGACAGCUUAAUGAAAAGGAACGACUUAGAGCUAAUCCAUUAUUGUACUUAGUGAGUCCACAAGUAAAGGACUGGAUAUCGCGACAACAACUGGUCCUUGUUGUGCUCUUCGUUAACAUUUCCUUAGCUAUUCUGUUUUUCAAGUUGCUGACGUAGUAUAUGGUAUGCGUCGGUCCUGACGCAAGAUGGGUUACACUCAGGAUAUUCAAGAAAUUGUGGGAUCGCCGAAGUACGGACGUUACUUAUUUAAAGCAGAUCUGGUUGAUGUUUGUUUUAUUGAAGUUACUGAAUAUAGACGUUUCUUUGGAGACGCUUGUUAAAGUUUCUUUUGUCUCGCUUUGCUAAAAAGUCAAAA